GAAGCCAUCACUAAAAUAUUCUUGACAAUCUACAACUGGCCAAAUAUUGCUUGCUCAAAACGUAAACUACCCAUAUAUUUCUUUCUUAAAAUGGACAAUUAUAAACUUGUAACAAGUCACUAAUACUUCUCUCAUAACUUACACUUACUCACCUUUGAAUUGCUACUCAUGGAAAUAUCCUGGUUUUAUUGCUUUUCCUUUGUACCCUUUCUCUCACUCUUUAUCCUAUCAAAACUCUUUCUUCAUUAUCAAAAGCAUAGCAAGAAGCUACCACCAAGCCCUUUUUCAAUCCCAAUUAUAGGUCAUCUUCUACUUUUAAAACAACCAUUGCACAGAACAUUACAGCAACUUUCUUACAAGUAUGGCCCUAUAUUUUCCCUAAAGUUUGGUUUCCGUUCUGCAGUUGUCAUAUCUUCUCCAUCUGCUGUUGAAGAAUGCUUCACAAAAAAUGAUACAAUCUUUGCCAAUAGACCUCGUUUUCUCGUUGGCAAGCUCUUGAACUACAACUUUACUACAAUAGGGGCAGCUCCCUAUGGUCCUCUUUGGAGAAAUCUUCGAAGGCUUACUACAGUUGAGAUAUUCUCUACAGCUCGAUUAAACAUGUCUGCUGAUAUCCGAAGGGAGGAGAUUAAAGCACUAGUAAAAGACUUGUACCAAUUAGAUUCGAGGCGAAAUUUCAUUUUAGUAGAAAUGAGAUCAAGAAUAUCAGAGUUGUCAUUUAAUAUAAUUAUGAGGAUGGUUGCAGGAAAGAAAUAUUAUGGAGUUGAAGUGGAAGAUUAUGAGGAGGCGAUGCAGUUUCGCGAUAUCAUAAGGGAACUUUUUGCUUUGAGUGGAGCAUCUAAUACAGGGGAUUUCUUGCCAUUUCUACAGUGGUUUGAUUUUCAUGGCCUAGAAAAGAAAAUGCUAAAGUUGCAGGUGAAAUCUGAUGAAUUUCUACAGGGGCUUAUAGAGGGACAUAGACAUAAAAGUACCGAAACUUACCAACUUGGAGAAAGAAGAAAUACAAUGAUUGGCAAAAUGCUAGCUUUGCAAGACUCAGAACCUGAAUACUACACUGACGACAUCAUCAAAGGAAUUAUACUGAUACUCUUGACUGCAGGGACUGACACUUCAUCAGUGACAAUAGAAUGGGCGCUGACACUUUUACUAAACCACACCGAGAAAUUAGAGAAGGCUACGAAGGAGCUCGAUCAAGUUAUCGGCGAAGAUCGUCUAGCAGAUGAAUCAGACAUUCCUAAGUUACCUUACCUCCAAAACAUAGUGUAUGAGACACUACGAUUAUUUCCAGCAGUACCAUUACUAUCACCGCACGAAUCAUCGGAUGAAUGUAUUAUCGGGUGUUACAACGUGCCACGUAAAACAAUGCUACUUGUCAAUGCCUGGGCAAUGCACAGGGAUCCUCAACUGUGGGAUGAUCCAACAAGUUUCAAGCCAGAAAGAUUUGAAGGAUUGGAAGUUGAUGCAUACAAAUUGAAGUUAAUUCCAUUUGGAUUAGGAAGAAGGAGUUGCCCUGCUGCUGGCCUUGCUAAUAGAGUUGUGGCACUGACAUUGGCAACUUUGCUUCAGUGCUUUGAUUGGAGGAAAAUUAGCAAAGAACAAAUUGACAUGUCUGAAGGAGAAGGUCUCACUAUGCCUAAAGCUACACCAUUAGAAGCAAUGUGCAAAGUGCGUGGCAACAUGAUUAAAGUACUAAACAAUCUAUGAUCUUCGUUCAAUUCCAAGAUUAUUACUCUUUGUCAUCACAACUUUCUAUCUUUUUCUAAAUAAAAGUUUACUUAAAGUUGAAAUACAUAUUGAGGGGAUAUUAAUAAACUUGUUGGUUACAAUUA